GAGGAGAAGGAGACGGAGAAGGAGAAGGAGAAGGAGAAGGAGCAAGGGAAUCUGAGGGCACAACAACAAGUAUCUAGGCCUACCACCAAAUAUUUCCCGACAAUUGCUACGCAUAACCGGUUUGAAAUAUUAUCCGAGAACACGGAAUCAGACAACAGUGCCAAGAGUGUAUCAAUGCCAAUGAAAGAUCAACUCCAUGAAUACAAGGCCAAGCACCUGAAGUUGUUCUCCAAAACCAACAUCACCCAUUCUGAAGUUAUCUCUGAUGACGCAACUGAUGACAGCGACGCAACUGUUGACAACGACGCAACUGAUGACAGCUCAGACCGAUCUUUGUCAACACCUACUAGUACUACUUCUACUUCACCACCAUACCAUGAGCAGAUGGAGGGAUACCGCCACCGACAUAGUGUGAUCCGCAACAAACGAGAUGUAGUUGUGGUCGGUGAUUCCAUGAUAAAACACAUCGACGGAAGACAUCUCUCCCGCAGCAAGAACGUGAGGUGCGUCUCUUUUCCCGGUGCAAAAGUGAGAGACAUAUUCACCUCUUCACCUUGCGAGUUUCUCAAGCCAGGGGGAGAACUGAUCAUCCACGCUGGCACCAACAACAUCUCUGAGGGUGCUGGUGAAGUUUGCCACCAAAUCACAGACCUCGGCAAGUCUGUUGCUGCCGAGGGGUUUAACGUCUCAGUCUCUACGAUCAUCCAUCGUAGAUGGGAGAGUGAAGCGGACAAGAAGCGGGUUGAUGAGAUCAACUAUCUGAUGGAGUUGGCAGCCAGCGAGAACAGAUGGGGCCUCAACAUCAACAAUGAUAUCAGCGAGCAGCAUCUCGGGCGUGAUGGCGUUCACCUCAACAGAGCCGGUCAACGAAUCUUGGCAGGCAACCUAAAACGCCUCAUCAACAGUGCUGACCAACCGACAACGAGGCCAUGGCUGGACUCAACGGUCGUCCGAUCAAGUUACAGGCAGUGAACCUGGAGCAAGGCGGCAUCAAGCCAUCUACCGAGAAAACCAGAGUCUUCAUUCUGCUGAGGAAAAAAGCAGCCCCGUUAAGUCCUACGCCGAAUCUGUUUCUGGGAGAUCUUUGGAUUUCAGUGCAGUCGAUCAGAGGUCACGACCGAAACCAGCCUUCAGACCAUCCAAGGUGGACAUGAAAG